CAGGCGCUGGGUGUCGCCUCUCCUGACCGGAUGAUGACCGAACUUUUCCCCCUGACAGGACUUCCCUCCUGCAGCCCGACGAAACCGUUAACGGAAGCUCGUUAGAACCGUUUGUUCCGCGCCGUGCCGCGUGUCACCGGGGGAACGGAGAGCCGCGCUUCCAUCUGGGAACUUUGUCGCUGCAACUUUUCAACUACCGAUAGAUAGAUAGAAGCCCCGAAAAGGGGGCUCCCGUGGGGGCGGCGCGAUGGGAAACCGCGGCAUGGAGGAGCUGAUCCCGCUCAUCAACAAGCUCCAGGACGCCUUCAGCUCCAUCGGCCAGAGCUGCAACCUGGACCUGCCGCAGAUCGCGGUGGUCGGCGGGCAGAGCGCCGGGAAGAGCUCCGUGCUGGAGAACUUCGUCGGGAGGGACUUUCUUCCCAGAGGUUCAGGCAUCGUCACACGCCGUCCUCUCAUCCUCCAGCUGGUCAACAGUAAAACAGAGCAUGCUGAGUUCCUGCACUGUAAGGGACGCAAGUUUGUUGAUUUUGAAGAAGUUCGCAUGGAGAUAGAAGCAGAGACGGACCGGAUUACCGGAUCCAACAAGGGCAUCUCCCCCAUCCCCAUCAACCUUCGGGUCUACUCCCCUAAUGUGCUGAACUUGACCCUCAUUGACUUGCCGGGAAUGACAAAAGUUGCUGUUGGCGACCAGCCUCCAGACAUCGAGCAUCAGAUCAGAGACAUGCUGCUGCAGUUCAUCACCAAAGAGAGCUGCCUGAUCCUGGCUGUCACGCCGGCAAAUACAGACCUGGCCAACUCUGAUGCCCUCAAGAUCGCCAAGGAGGUCGACCCUCAAGGGCUGCGUACCAUCGGCGUGAUCACGAAGCUGGAUCUGAUGGACGAGGGGACAGACGCACGCGACAUCCUGGAAAACAAGCUGCUGCCGCUGCGCAGAGGCUACAUCGGGGUGGUGAAUCGCAGCCAGAAGGACAUCGAUGGGAAGAAGGACAUUCGUGCCGCUUUGGCUGCUGAGAGGAAAUUCUUCCUGUCGCAUCCUGCAUACCGACAUCUGGCUGAACGCAUGGGGACCCCACACCUGCAAAAGACCCUCAACCAGCAACUCACCAACCACAUCCGCGACACGCUGCCGGGGUUACGCAGCAAACUGCAGAGCCAGCUGUUGUCUCUGGAGAAGGAAGUGGAGGAGUUCAAGAACUUCCGUCCAGACGAUCCUGCACGCAAGACCAAGGCCCUCCUCCAGAUGGUUCAGCAGUUUGGGGUGGACUUUGAGAAGUGCAUCGAGGGAUCUGGAGAUCAGGUGGACACCUCCAAUUUGUCUGGGGGUGCAAAGAUCAACCGCAUUUUCCAUGAAAGGUUUCCGUUUGAGCUGGUGAAGAUGGAGUUUGAUGAAAAGGAGCUGCGGAAAGAAAUCAGUUAUGCGAUCAAGAACAUCCAUGGAGUCAGGACAGGCUUGUUCACCCCUGACUUGGCAUUUGAGGCCAUAAUGAAAAAGCAGAUCAUUAAGCUGAAGGACCCCUGUCUGAAAUGCGUAGACCUGGUCAUCACGGAGCUCGUGGCCCUGAUCAUGAAGUGUGCUGAGAAGCUGGGAUCGUAUCCUCGGCUGAGGGAGGAGACGGAGCGCAUCGUCACCACUUACAUCAGAGAGAGAGACAGCAAGACCAAAGACCAGGUGCUGCUCUUGAUCGACAUUGAGCUCUCCUACAUCAACACGAAUCAUGAGGAUUUCAUUGGAUUUGCCAAUGCUCAGCAAAGGACAGCGGCUAACGCCACCAAAAAGAGAGUCAUUCCCAAUCAGGUGAUCCGCAGAGGCUGGCUCACCAUCAACAUCAGCAUCAUGAAGGGCGGCUCCAAAGACUACUGGUUUGUUCUGACGGCAGAGUCUCUGUCCUGGUACAAAGAUGAAGAGGAAAAGGAGAAAAAGUACAUGCUGCCUCUGGAUAACCUGAAGCUGAGAGACGUGGAAAAAGGCUUCAUGUCCAGCAAACACGUGUUUGCUAUCUUCAACACCGAACAGAGGAAUGUGUACAAAGACCUGCGUCAGAUUGAGCUGGCCUGCGAUACCCAGGAGGAAGUGGACAGCUGGAAGGCCUCCUUCCUCAGAGCUGGUGUUUACCCAGAUAAAGGCCAGGCAGAAAAUGAGGAUUCUCUGACCCAGAGCGACAUGGUGUCCAUGGACCCACAGCUGGAACGGCAGGUGGAGACCAUCCGGAACCUGGUGGACUCUUACAUCAGCAUCGUCAACAAGUCCAUCAGAGACCUCAUGCCCAAGACAAUUAUGCACCUGAUGAUCAACAACACGAAGGACUUCAUCCACUCCGAGCUGCUGGCCUACCUGUACUCGGCUGGGGACCAGGGCAGCCUGAUGGAGGAGUCGGCCGAGCAGGCCCAGAGGCGAGACGAGAUGCUGAGGAUGUACCACGCUCUGAAAGAGGCCCUCCUCAUCAUCGGAGACAUCAGCACCACCACCGUGUCCACGCCUGUGCCUCCGCCGGUCGAUGACACCUGGAUCACCAAAGAACCAAGCCCUCCCCCAUCUACCCGCCAUGCCAACUCAAUGACACUCCCCCCUAACCGACCUCCAGCAGUACGGGGACCCAGCUCAGCCCCUCCCCCAUCUCUCAACCCUUCGCCGGCCUUCGGAGUGCCGCCUUUACCCUCCCGCCCUGGUCCCCUCCAAGCCCACGUGGGGGAGGCCAACUCUGCUGCAGCCCCUCUUGUACCGUCAAGGCCAGCGCGGGUGCCCCCAUCUCUGCCGCCAGGAAUCCCCAGCAGGAGACCACCAGCUGCACCCAACAGGCCCACGGUGGUCCGGCCGUCAGAGCCCUCCCUGCUGGACUAGGAACCCCCCGUUUCCUCUGGUCAGCCGUCAGCACCCUGCGUCCGGUCGGACCGGUUUCCGGCGUUCCCAAGCGUCGUGGUUCGGUUCUUCUGUCACUCCAUGGACAUUUAAGGACAGCGUUGAGAAUCUGUCAUUUCAAGUCAUGUUUCUAUAAACAUGAAUCACAGACUUUACUGAGGAUCAAACACUUUUCAUGAGUUUUAUACCAGCGUGUUUCAUCACUUAUCUGCAUUUGCUGAAAAUAAAUCUCAGAAAAACAGAUUCAAACCGUUGAAUUUAGUUGAUUUGUUUCCUGUUCUAGUAUACAUGGUUCUACUUUUUCUCAUAAGGGUAAAUAAGAAUAGAAAAACAUCUGACAAGAACGUAAACAUCAGCACAUUUCCUCUAAAUAUUCCUCUUUAAUAAAAAUGUUCAUGCAUAAAUACACACAGAGGCUUCUAUUGUUAAGGAAUAAAGAACCUGAUGUGUGCCGCUUCCUGA